AUGUCUCAUACAGAAACGAGCACGAGAAUAACAACAACAACAACAACAAGAGCAACAUUAGUAAAAAGAACAGGCGUCAGUAAAGUGCUAUCAAAAAAAGAUUCAAUCAGAAAAUCAUCGAAGAAACGUCGUGCGUCAACUACAAUAAUUCUUCUUAGUAACGUUAACAAGACGAAGAAAAAUUUCAACGACAAUAUUCAAAAAACCAUUAUUACAACUGAAUAUAACCAUCAGCAUCAAAACGACGAUCGAACAAAACUUGUAGAUAGUCAAUCACAACCAUCACCACCAGCACUAUUAUCACCAUCUGUUGAUAUCGAAUCUAAUUAUUUAAUAAAUACUUCCCUACCACCAUCAUCAUCUUCUCAAUCAUUAUCUUCAUAUAUUGAACCAGAUUCAAACUCACCAUUUAGAAAUUCAGCAUCACCACGUGAAUCUUUGACAUCAAUAGCAAGUGAAAAAGUUUUAUUAAUGUCAUCAGAACAACAAUCAAGUGUGGUUCAACCACUUUUAACUGAUCUUUAUCAAAUAUCAAUGGCUUAUGCUUAUUGGAAGCCAAAUAAACAUCACGAAUUGGCAACAUUUGAUUUAUAUUUCAGAAAAAAUCCAUUCGGUGGGGAAUAUACAUUAUUUGCUGGUCUUGAUGAAUGUCUUAAAUUUGUUCGUAAUUAUAAAUUUCAUCCAAGUGAUAUUGAAUAUCUUCGUGCAUCAUUACCAUCUUAUAUUGAAUCGGAAUUUUAUGAUUAUUUAUCAGCACUUGACAUGAAUGAUAUUAAAAUAUAUGCUGUACCUGAAGGUACGGUUGUUUUUCCUCGUUUACCAUUAAUGCGAAUUGAAGGUCCAAUUAUCAAAACUCAACUACUUGAAACAACAUUAUUAACACUUGUUAAUUAUGCAAGUUUAGUUGCAACAAAUGCUGCUCGAUUUCGUUCAGCAAUAGGAGCUGAUAAAACUUUACUUGAAUUUGGUUUACGUCGUGCUCAAGGUCCUGAUGGAGGUUUAAGUGCAUCAAAAUAUUGUUAUUUAGGUGGAUUUGAUGGUACAUCAAAUGUAUUAGCUGGUAAACUUUAUGGAAUUCCAAUAAAAGGUACACAUGCUCAUGCAUAUGUUAAUUCAUAUGAAUGUAUGGAUGAUUUAUCUCAAAGAGAUUUAUGUGAUCGUAUAACUGGUGAACGUCGUCCAUUUAGUGAUUUAUGUUUACAUUAUUUAAAUGAAAUUGGUCCAGCACUUAAAAUUCUUCCUGAAGAAACAAAUAAAGGAGAAUUAGCUGCAUUUAUUUCAUAUGCAAUUGCAUUUCCAACAAAUUUUUUAGCAUUAGUUGAUACAUAUGAUGUACUUAAAUCUGGUGUACCAAAUUUUUUAGCUGUUGCACGUGCUUUACAUGAAUGUAAUUAUCAAGCUGUUGGCUUACGUUUAGAUUCCGGUGAUUUAGCUUAUUUAUCAUUAGAAGUUCGUGCAAAAUUUCAUGAAGUAUCAAAAAAAUUAAAUUUACCAUAUAUGGAACAUUUUACAAUUGUUGCAAGUAAUGAUAUUAAUGAAGAUACAUUAGUUUCAUUAGAAAAACAAGGACAUUCAAUUGAUUCAUUUGGUAUUGGUACACAUUUAGUUACAUGUCAAAAACAACCAGCACUUGGUUGUGUUUAUAAAUUAGUUGAGCUUGCUGGCUCACCACGCAUUAAAGUUAGUCAAGAUAUUGAAAAAGUAACAAUACCCGGUAGAAAAAAUCUCUAUCGUUUAUAUGGUCAUGAUGGUAAAGCAUUAUGUGAUGUAUUAACGAGAAUCGAUGAAUCUGCACCAGAAGCAGCAAUUCGAAUGCUUAGUCGACAUCCAUUUUCAGAACAAAAACGUGCAUAUGUAACACCAACAUCAGUUAAAAGUUUAUAUAAUUUAUAUUGGGCUGAUGGAGAAAUAAGAUAUUCAUUACCAACAUUAAAACAAAUUCGUACAUAUGUUCGAGAACAAAUUGAUGAAUUACGAAAAGAUCAUAAACGUGAUCUUAAUCCAACACCAUAUAAAGUUUCAGUUACAGAUGAUUUAUUUCAAUUUAUGCAUAAACUUUGGAUGAAAAGUGUUCCAAUUGGAGAACUUGAAUAA